UCGUGAUGAUGUAAUUAGCGCCGACUUCACGUUUUGAAGAUGGCAGCCGCCAUAAACACACCGACACCUGAGAUCGGUACAACGAACCAGACUGAUGAUGGAUAUGAUAAAAAAUGCAUUUUCUGUAAAAUCGUGAAGGGAGAAAUGGGAACUGAGCUUCUCCACAACGAUGGAACUGUGUCCUGCUUCAGAGAUAUCCACCCCGGAGCUCCUCAUCACUAUCUGGUUAUACCAAAUAAACAUGUGGGCAAUUGUAAAUCUCUCGGCAAAGAGCAUGUGCCAUUAGUGGAGAAGUUGGUGGAGACGGGGAAAGAGAUACUUCAGAAGAACGAUGUGACUGAUUUAAAUGAUGUUAGGUUUGGGUUCCACUGGCCUCCAUUCUCUUCUGUCACACAUCUGCAUCUCCAUGUUCUCGCACCAGUCAGUCAGAUGGGCUUCAUGUCCCGCUUGAUCUACAGGCUGGACUCGUAUUGGUUCGUAACGGCCGACCAGUUAAUCCAAAGGCUGAACUCUAUGAGCUAAAUGUAAAGGAAGUUCGAGGAACUCAAAAUACAUUCAUGUUUGAGAUGCCCAGAGCCACGUUACUCAUAAUAACAGUCCUAAUCAAUAUGUUUGUGAUGACAAAGUUCACAGACAUGUCCCUCAGGGCUGUAAUACUCAUAACGCGGUGUUUUCUGUUAGUUAUAUCAUCAGCCAGACAGGCUAAUCAAAUUUGAAGCUACAAGACUGCAGCUACUUUUCAAUUGCUCUGGGGGAGGGGGGUGGGGUAGCAUGCCGAAUAGUAAUGACAUUGAUAAAUUUGACAGAAUCAUUAAUCUUUUACAAAGAACAGUCGGGAUUCUUCCAGUUGUAAUAUGAUUUUUAAGGAUACAGAGCUGUGACAAGGAGUUUUUAAAUAUGAAUGAGCUAAAAAUGGUAAUUAAUCUUAAUAAUUAGCUUUGACCUUUUAACCUCGCACUAGCUGAAUGAUUUUGGCAUCAGAAUUCAUGGCAUGGUUUUUGUUAUUCUAUACUGCAAGACUGAUGUAGUAUAGAGCAGUUAUUUUCUUCCUUCAUAUGACACUAAAGGAAGUUUAUUAUUAACUCCGUUUAUGCCAGGACAGAGAUUUUACUAUAUUGCCUCCGGUGUAUUUAAUUAUUGGGUGGUGUAAGGUUGUAUGAUAUGUAUAAGAAUGUAAACGAAAUAAAUGAUAUCCUGCA